UCAUUCACUAUGCCUCCAAAGAAACCAGCUCAAGCUGCCGCCGGUAGUAAAAAAAAAACACAAGAAAAGAAGAAGGAAAAGAUAAUUGAGGACAAGACAUUUGGUUUGAAGAACAAAAAGGGAGGAAAACAACAGAAAUGUAUCAAGAAUGUCUCUCAGCAAGUCAAGCAAGUUCCUGGUAGUAAGGUUGGUGCAGAAGUGGUCAAGAACAAAAAGGGUGACAAGAAGAAAGAGUUAGAUGAGCUGAACGAGCUUUUCAAGCCAGUGGUGGCUGCUCAGAAAGUCGCUAAAGGGGUGGACCCAAAGUCAGUUCUCUGUGCCUUCUUCAAGCAAGGCCAAUGCACCAAGGGAGACAAGUGCAAGUUCUCCCACGAUUUGACACUCGAGAGGAAGUGUGAGAAACGGAGCCUCUAUGUUGACAAGAGAGAUGACGAGCUUGAGAAAGAUACCAUGGAUAAUUGGGAUGAGAAGAAGCUGGAGGAGGUAGUGAACCAGAAGCACGGAGAAGCUGAAAAGAAGAAAGCUCAAAGCUCAAAAACUCAAAUUGUUUGCAAGCAUUUCCUUGAUGCCAUUGAAAACAAAAAAUCUGGUUGGUUUUGGGUAUGUCCUAGUGGAGCUGACACUUGUAUGUACCGCCAUGCAUUGCCUGCUGGGUUUGUGCUCAAGAUAGACAAGAAAAAGGAUGAAAAGGAAGAUGAAAUCUCAAUGGAAGAGUUGAUAGAGAAUGAGCGAUCUGCCCUCGGACCAAAUGUCACCCGAAUAACUCUGGAGACCUUGGCCUGGAAAAAGAGGAAAAGGCAAGAGAAAGUGGCCAAGGCAGAGCAAGACAUGGAGAAAAAGAAGGCUGAUUUCAAUGCUGGCAGGUCCUUUGGGGUUAGCGGCCGUCAAGUAUUUGAGUUCUGCCCUGAUCUGGCUGAUGAUGACGAUGAGGAAGCUGAUGACAUAAAAUAUGUUGAGGACGAUGAUGACGUUGAAGAGGUUGAAGAUGUUCAGGAGUUCCAGGACAUCGAUCUAGCCAGGUUUGUUCGAAAGGAAGUUGACAACACCGGAAUAACUGUUGCUGCAGUUGACAGAUUCACAGCCAAAUCGAAGCCAACAAAGGAAAUGAAUGAUGACCAGCUGAACGGGGCUUGCGGAGGUGUGGAGGAGAACGGGCACGACGGGGAAGAGGAGACUCUCGAUGACAAGGAAGCAGAGGCCGUGCCUGUGGACGAGAACCUUUUCACCGGCGAGGACCUGGAUGAUCUGGAUGAAGAACUCAACACACUGGACCUGGAUGACUGACAAUGAUGACUUCUAAUAGAACAGUGCCUCAUGGACUAUGAAGAAGAGAUGACUAAAACAGAUUCACAAUAAAACAUCCUGAUGCUCACA